UAAUGAGAAAACCGGGAAAAAAGAUGCCGGAAUAGAUGCAUCCACAUGCUCUAUAAAAAGGGCAUGCAGUUGCAGUGGUCAGGUUAUUCCGUUGGCGAUCAUGGAUCGAAGAGUGACUGCGAUUUGUUUGGUUGUCCUGCGGCUGGUGGGCAGUGGCCUGUGUUUCCAGGACAAGGCACCGUUGCAAUCGAGUCUGAUCACUGGACAGGCCAGGAAUGAUAAGCAGCAACAGGCGCUGGAUGAUCCGCUGGGCGGUGGACGCGGAAUCGACGAGCACAUGCUGAAGACCAUUGGUAAGGGCGGCAUCAAGCUGGUGAUGGCCUCCGGCGCCUCGACGACCACCCCGAAACCGUCAGUACAACAUCAUUACUAUUAUCCACCAGAGGAUCAGCAGCAUCCGCGCCAGUAUGGCCCCUAUGCUCCUCCGCCGCCCUGGUCGCCGGGCUCGCCCGUUUACCCACCGCCCCCGCAGCGUCCCUGGGGGCCACCGCCUCCUCCAGGACCUCCGCCAGGACCGUUACCCCAGCCCCCGCCGCCCUUCUACAAUCCCUACUACAAUGGCUUCAACUACUAUGGCGGCUACGGCGGGUAUGGCGGUUAUGGCGCCUAUGGAUAUGGGGGCUAUGGCUAUCCCGGCUUUGGCGGUUACCCUGGCUAUCCCUACUAUCCCUUCUAUCGCUCCUCGGCGGGCGGGGACGUUGAUAGCCAACUGCCCGGUCCCGACGGACUGACGCCCUCGCCAAAUCCGGGUGUGUUUCAGGGCAGGACCAUGCUCUCACAGAACUUUCUCGAGGGCAGGAACAACGCCAACAUUGUGCCAUUAUAUCACCUGCUCCAAAUGGCCAGGGCUUAAAUUACUGUGAACGAAUGCUUAAAAAACUGAAUAAAUUAUAUACUUUCUAUAACGCUUAAA